AUGUCGAACCCGAAGAAGAAUGAAUACGCCCGAGAGUUCAACACGGACUAUUCGCGGCGCCUGACCUCAAACGCACCGUACUCACUGCGGCAUGCUGGUCGGGAUGGAAGUCAGCCGUCAUCAACGGACUCGACGAAAUCGGUCGAGGCACGGGAGAAGCGUAACGAGCGGAUCCUCCUCGCCGAUUCCAACCCGACAUCUGAUGACAGCUUCGAGGACGCCCACGAUAAGACGUUCCUCGAGCCCAAAGCUGACUUAGCAGCCCCGUCCCACCCGACCGGGGAACCGGAGAAGCUGCAGGCUGAGACCACAUUGUCUCAUGCCGAGGCGGAACACCCACAUGGUGUACCGACCUCUACGGACUUAACAGAAGGACUUCAACUGAGCUCACAGAAAGCUCAGGAGCCGGUAACGACUACGAAAGUCACCGACGCCGGAUACACAUCACCCAACCAGACGGACGACGUGAAGAGGUACCAAGCAAGCACGCUCGAGUACACGGCACGGAAGUGGAUUGCAUCCACACCUCCAGAAAAGAUCGAAGACAUCGACCGACUCAGGAAACGAUGCCAGGAUUUGAUAACACAAAUCGUCCUGGCCGACCAAAUCGUUAACUCCACGGAAAACCAGAUGUCGCGAUCGGAGGACACUCAUAAGCUCGAACGGAAGCGAUGGGAAAAAGAACUCGCUGAAGCCAACAAUGGCAUAGCCGCUCAACAGCGCCGGAUAGAACAUCUGGAAAGUCACCUCAAGAGGUCCGACAACCCAUGUCGGUACGACCCUGAAGAGGUCGAGCGACUCAGAAGUACACUUGCGACGUCGGUGGAAUCAGUCUUCGAACUGAAAAGACGGCUCGCCACCGCAGAAAAAGACCUGGCUGACACACAAACAGCCUUGGUCGAAUCGGAACUGGCAGCAGGGACGUUCCACCAACAGCUGAAGCAGGCCAAUGAAGAGGCCGAAGUGUACCGGAACGAGGUCGACAGAUACAUUGUCGAACUCAAGCAUGCCGACGACGAGGUCGACCGGCAGAAAUAUCGAAUCGAACAACUCGAAAGGGAGAUGGAAACUCUCCUGGUCAGGGCAGGACGACAGCUAAUGGCUCACUACGGCCAGCAACCUGCCUCACCCGACCGAAGUAGAGCUACCACCGACCUGGAACAAGCAAACGCCCAAUUGGCCGACCAGGUCUACGGACUAAAUGAUGUGCUGAAGGAAGAACAAAGACUCCGAGCACAGCUGGAACACAGCCUGGCAGAAGCCCAGAAGGUGUACGAAGCGCAACAGAAUCGCAUCGCACACUUGGAAGUCCGCGAAAACGACCUGUACAACUACGGUCUGACGCGGAUAAAUAUAUCGAUGACUUAA